AUGGGGAGCGAAGGAAACGACAGUUCGGAGAGGCAGAAGCUUAGGCUACCGGAGAUCAAGUUCACAAGGCUCUUCAUCAAUGGCGAAUUCGUCGAUGCCGUCUCCGGUAAGACGCAUCACGGUCUUUCUCCACUCUUCUUCUGACACUCUCUAUCCUAGUUUUGCCGGUUUAUUUUUCUACUUGCCUAAUUCUUUUUCUUCCUCUUCCUUGAUUCCUGGAGAGAGUUUUGUUUCCGCUGAGUAUUCGUUCGCCGCGUUCCUUCACUGUUCAGCUGCGCGGAGUUGGGAGGAGAAUCCAUUCCACCGUCAACCUGUUUUAUUCCCUUAGGAAUCGCUGGUUCAUUUAGAUGCGCUCCGUCUCCGAGCCGGUUUUCAAUGGCGAUGGGGGACUCCUAGUCAGUGUCUCGCCUUCCUAGAGGCCAUCUUUCCUGUUCUGCACCUUCGACCUUCAUGUUCCCUGAGCUAUGGGGGAUUUGUUUUCCUUUCUGAGCCGGCCUCUCGUUUCAGGGAAGACGUUCGAAACCAUCGACCCUCGGACGGGGGAGGCGCUGGCGAGUGUGGCGGAGGGCGAUAAAGAGGACGUGGAUCUGGCGGUGAAGGCCGCUCGGGAGGCCUUCGACCACGGCAGGUGGCCUCGCAUGUCUGGCUCGGUGAGGGUUUUCUCCUGCUUCUUCCCAGCCAUUCAUUUCCCUGCGGGGAGAAGGUCCAAGAUUAGCUUGCUAGGCGAGCCCAUAUUUUUUUCUCGCCUCCGAAAACGAUGUUUCGUAGCUCAAGUUGUCCCGGUUUGGGACUUCUUGCUUGAUCAGUCUCGGAUGCUUCUGAUAACCUGCCCACGCUCUCGUUGACGUUUUCUCUUCAUCCGGGUGGGCGGACCUGUGGCGUUUCGCAUGGUCUACAGGCCCAACUCUCUCUCUCUCUCUCUCUCUUUCUUUCUAAUUCCCUCGUUCUUUCCCACUCUCUUACCAGGAAAGAAGGAAGAUCAUGAUGAAGUUUGCAGACCUGAUUGAUCGGCACGUGGAGGAACUGGCGUCACUCGACUGCGCUGACGCCGGAAAACUAUUCACCCACACCAAGUUCCUAGAGAUCCCGCAGUGCGCAGAGAACAUCCGAUACUUCGCCGGUGCGGCGGACAAGAUCCACGGCGAGACGCUGAAGAUGUCGAGGGAGCUGCAGGGGUAUACCCUGCGGGAGCCCAUCGGCGUGGUUGGGCACAUCAUUCCCUGGAACUUCCCCUCCACCAUGUUCUUCUUCAAGGUCAGCCCCGCCUUGGCGGCGGGCUGCACUAUGGUCGUCAAGCCCGCCGAGCAGUCCCCGCUCUCCGCUCUCUACUACGCCCACCUCGCCAAGGAGGUAUUCCGUCUUCCAAAAAAACAGCCAUCGCUCUCUGAUUUGCGACCUGCAUUGACCAUUUUGGUGACCAUUUAUCGAAGGACAUGCCGGAGAAACCAUUAGUUUGUCGCUAACUUUCCGACUGCAGGCUGGUGUUCCUGACGGCGUGCUUAACGUCAUCACUGGAUUUGGCCCCACGGCCGGUGCUGCCCUCUCCUCUCACAUGGACGUCGACAAGGUGAACAUGACCUUCUUCUUUAUCAUCAUCAUCCCGCGUCGUCUUGGUUUCUCGAUAUUCGGGAAACAUCUUCUGAAUCUGUGUUUCUCUGCGCACAGAUAAGUUUCACAGGGUCCACCGAAGUGGGUCGUCUCGUAAUGGAGGCGGCUGCCAAGAGCAACCUCAAGGUGGUGUCCCUCGAACUAGGAGGGAAGUCGCCGCUCAUGGUCUUCGACGACGCCGACGUCGACACCGCUGUAGAGCUUGCCCAGAUAGCCGCAUUCUACAACAAAGUAAUCGCCGGAGUCUUCCAUCUCCGGUCUUUCUUGUUUCGCCACCGGCUAGAGUAAGGGAUUUGACCGCUCUCUCGUCUUUUAGGGAGAGAUAUGCGUCGCGGGGUCCCGUGUCUACGUUCAGGAGGGGAUAUACGACGAGUUUGUGAGGAAGUCAGCGGAGAAGGCUAAGAGCUGGAAGAUCGGAGAUCCCUUCGAUCCGCAGGUCAACCAAGGGCCUCAGGUGAGCCUACGUUCUUUCUCUGAAAAGUAGAAGAGUACACCCUGUUUAUCUUGUUCAAUCCUUCUGGAGUAGGUUGAUAAGAAACAGUUUGAGAAGAUUCUGUCCUACAUCGAUCUUGGGAAGAGGGAGGGAGCUACUCUUCUCACUGGGGGCAAACCAUGUGGGGACAAGGGCUUGUACAUCGAACCUACCAUCUUCACAGACGUAAAGGUGACUCCGUCCAACCCACCUGCCUGCCCCUCCACCGACGCUCUCUCCCCUUCCUCCACAUCUUCUGACUCAGAGAUCUUCCCAGGAGGAAAUGACGAUCGCUAAAGACGAGAUCUUCGGACCCGUUAUGUCCCUCAUGAAGUUCAAGUAAACCCUAAUCCUACUCCUCUGAACACUCCACCUUCUUGAGUCCCAUUCAACGCAGAUGCCCGCGAUCUUAUUCAGGACCAUCGAGGAGGUGAUAGAGAGGGCGAACCAGACGAGGUACGGGCUGGCGGCGGGGAUCGUGACCACUGAUCUGAACAUCGCCAACCGGGUAUCGAGGUCAGUCCGCGCCGGCACCAUCUGGAUCAACUGCUACAUGGCCUUCGACAGGGACUGCCCCUUCGGCGGCUUCAAGAUGAGCGGGUUCGGCAAGGACAUAGGCAUGGCGGGGCUUGACAAAUACCUCCUAUGCAAGUCUGUCGUCACCCCGAUCUACAACUCGCCGUGGCUGUGA